GCGAUUGGCUCCGUCCGCCGUCCGUCGGAGCGUCGGUCACCGCCCCGCCCCCUCGCCGCGUCGCCGGUGCCUGCGCUGCCCGCCUCACCUCGCUUCUCCUGUCCCGGCGGAGGCCCGGGCGGCCAGCGCGAGCAGCGGGGACCAUGUUCCGACGCAAGCUCACGGCUCUGGAUUACCACAACCCCUCAGGCUUCAACUGCAAAGAUGAAACAGAAUUUAGAAACUUUAUCGUUUGGCUUGAAGACCAGAAAAUCAGACACUACAAGAUUGAAGACAGAGGUAACUUGAGAAACAUCCACAGCAGUGAGUGGCCCAAGUUCUUUGAAAAGUAUCUCAAAGAUGUUAACUGUCCUUUCAAGAUUCAGGAUCGGCAAGAAGCAAUUGACUGGCUUCUUGGUUUAGCUGUUAGACUUGAAUAUGGAGAUAACGCUGAAAAAUACAAGGACUUAGUACCUGAUAACAGGAAAAAUACUGACAACGCAGCUAAAAAUGCAGAGCCACUGAUCAACUUGGAUGUAAAUAAUCCCGAUUUUAAGGCGGGUGUCAUGGCUCUGGCUAACCUCCUUCAGAUUCAGCGUCAUGAUGACUACUUGGUAAUGCUUAAGGCAAUUCGCAUUUUGGUUCAGGAACGUCUAACACAGGAUGCAGUUGCUAAAGCAAAUCAAACAAAAGAGGGCUUACCUGUUGCUUUAGAGAAACAUAUUCUUGGCUUUGACACAGGCGAUGCAGUUCUUAAUGAAGCUGCUCAGAUCCUGCGAUUGCUGCACAUAGAAGAGCUCAGAGAGCUACAGACAAAAAUUAAUGAAGCCAUAGUAGCUGUCCAGGCCAUCAUUGCUGAUCCAAAGACAGACCACAGACUGGGGAAAGUUGGGAGAUGAGCACAUGAGGAUGUCAGCUUCUCACCUGCUUAGUGAUGGGAACCAUUACACCAGCAUGUGCUUGGAAAUGAGAUGUCUCACACUUGGAAGGGAGAACCCCAGGAGAUUGACCAUGUUCUAGAGAUUCACCACCACUGCUUUUUCUUUAAUAAAGUUGGGGAAGGAAAAGG